UUCUGCUAUGGCAGGGUGUGUCUUGUUGUUGCUUGCAGGGACAUUUAAAACCAUUUUCAGCUAGCAAGAUGGAUAUAUAGAAAAUGGUACUGCAAGUAAGAGGAGAGCUAUCUGAGCUGAAGAUGGCGAAGCUAAAGGGAUGGAAGUACUUCAAGCACUGGUCUCUCUGCUCAACAAAGAGCAUACUUCUCAAAGUCACUGCGCACUUCAGGUUCAAACCCAAGAGGUACAGGAAUGAGCUCCUUGAUCUUUAUAAGGACAUGGAAUCUUGUGGGGAAUAUGAAGAUAUAAGAGUGAUGUGGACAAUGAUUCAAUCUUCUUCUCAUCAAUAUGCUUACAUCACAAAGAGUAGCAACAGGUCUUCAUAUUGGCUCCUAUGCUUUAGGCCAGCUUGAAUUGUUUGUCUUGUAUUCGACAAAUUAUCCUAGAUCUCAGGCCGAAUAAAUGUUAGUUCUCUGUAGAAUUGG